GCAGCAGCUCCAGCGGGCAGAGCGGCCUGGAGGCGGGCCAGGGCGCCAUGGAGGCAGGGGGCUCCCCAGGUUUGGAACAAAGACCUCACACGCAGGUCUUCUGAGCCUGGGCCAGCAGGAUGGUGGAGCCCCAGAGAGGCCUCAGGCAGGAUGGCUGGUGCUGAGAGGAGCCAGUGGUGACUCUGGUGCCCAUAGUGGCAGCUCCAUCUCCUGAAGAUGAAGUGGCCAAGGUGAAGCGCAGACCAGGCCUAAUGGCCAGCUCAGGGACGGAGGUCCACUGGGCCCAGCCUGGCCUGGGAAAGGGGCCCCAGCGGCGGCGCUGGGCCUGGGCCGAGGAGGGAAAGGAUGCUGAUGAGAGUGGUCCACACAGCUGGGGAGAAGAAAGACCCUUUCGCGAUGCCACCAGCCCUGAGCUCCUGGAGGACUUCCGCCUGGCCCAGCAGCGCCUACAGCCACUGGAGUGGGGCCUGGAGCUACAGCCUGAUGGGUGCCAGGAUUCCGAAUCAGGAGAGUCUACGGAAGAGGAGUUUGAAGCAGAGGAUGUGGACAGCCCAGAAAGUUCCAACUUGCCUCUCAACUGGCUCCCCAAACAGGAUCCUCAACCAGACAUGACAGAAGAGGAGCCAGAUGUGGCCCUCAGAGAUCAUGAGGCUGAGGAAGCUGGAAAGAGCUCCCCAAAGUUGGGGGCUGAGACUGGUCUCUGCUCUGAAAACAAUGGAAGCACCAGCCCUAUGGCUCUGAGGUGGGAUCAGGCCACACCUCGGGUGGCCUCUGACAAACAAGCCAGUGGAAACAAACUUCCAGAACAUUCUGAGGUCAACCCAACUGUUGACCUCAGCCCUGCAAGGUCCUGGAGCAGUGGGACUGUAAGCCUCGACCACCCUAGUGAGAGUGUUGAUUCUACCUGGGAAGGAGAAGCUGAUGACCCCCAGCCCACUGCCCUAACAGAAACUUUACCACAGAGCCCCAGCCACCGCCUCCUACACGCAGAUGACACAACUGGAGGGAGCAUCGCUCUGGCAACCCCCACGGAAUUCCAGGACUCAUCAGCAACCCCACCCCAGAGCCUGCAGUGUCCUGCACAUAGAUGGAGGAGAGAAACUACCAGCUUCUCCUGCCCUCAGCCCGGGGACCAAGGCUGGAAGCGGACACGGAUAUCACCUAAGGUGCUGCCUUCCCGAUUCACCGGCUCCAUCAGCCCCCUGAACCCUCCGCCUAGGCCGGCUCAGCAGGACAGGCCAACACCCAGGCAGGGAGCCACUCUGGCUGGCCACUCAUCUUCUGAUGCCCCCAAGUACGGCCAGGGGCGACUGAACUACCCGCUCCCUGAUUUCUCCAAGGUGGGACCCCGGGUGAGGUUCCCUAAAGAUGAGAGUUACCGCCCCCCCAAGUCUAGGAGCCACAGCAGGCGGCCUAGGGACCCUGAGAGGCCUCUGAUCUUCAAGUCACCUGCUGAGAUUGUGCAGGAGGUGCUGUUGAGCAGUGAAGAAGCCUGCCUGGGAAAGGACCCACCUCCUUCCCACCCCAUCACCAGGGUACCUCAAGAAUUUCAGACGCCUGAACAAGCCACCAAGCUGGUCCAUCAGCUCCAGGAGGACUACCACAAGCUCCUCACCAAGUAUGCAGAGGCCGAGAACACCAUUGACCAGCUGCGCCUGGGGGCCAAGGUGAACCUGUACUCCGACCCGCCCAAACCCAGCCACAGCAUCCACACAGGGAUCGUGCCCCAGGGGACCAAGGUCUUGUCCUUCACCAUCCCACAGCCCCAUUCUGUGGAGCGGUGGCCUGGCCCUACUGAGGCUCCACAGGCUUCUGAGGCCUCAGGGUGGUCGUCAGCUCGAGGAGACAUGAGCCCCUCCUCGCCCACCAGUGCGCCCACCCCAGGGUGGCUUCCGGAGAACCUGGGCAUUGCCCAGGACCAGCCCUCAGCAGAGCGGACCCAGGUGCUGACUUCUCAGGCCAGCCGGUUCCUGGCCAAGGUGGAGUCCUUUGUGGGCCUGAUGCAAGCAGGACGGCUGACGCCCCAGGAUCAACUCAAGGGCUUCCAGCUGCUAAAGGCUGCCCACUCAGCCCUGGAGGAAGAAUACCUGAAGGCCUGCAGGGAGCAACACCUGGUUGAGCAGCUUGCCGGCUCCAAAGGGACACCUGGGAAAUUUGAUCCUGGCAGGGAGCUGGAGGCAGAGAUAUUCCAGCUAGGAAUUCGCCUAGAAGAGCUGAAGGACCACAUGGACCAGAACCAGCAGGAACCUCAGCGAGCCGGGCCAGACUCACCUCUGGACAGCCCCUCGGCCACACCCUCCCCCCACCAGCCAGCGUGUCUGACCUCUCCCUCAGACCAGGCCCCCACGCCUGCCAUCCAGACCCUCUGCCCCGAGCCCGAUGCCCCCAGCAUUGGCCCCUGCCCAUUGCGCCUGAACGUGGAGGUGAGCACUGCUGGUAGUGAGUCAGAGGACAGGCUGCUGGGCCUCCCGGUCCCACUCAGGCACAAGGAGCUGCAGGUGGAGCAGGACUUCCAUGGGCUCCUGGAGCGGUACCUCAGUGUGAAGUCCCUCCCAGAAGCCAUGAGGACAGAGGAGGAAGAGGAAGAGCAGGAGGAGGAGGAGGAAGGGGACCAGGGCCAAGCCAUGGAAGUUGAUGGGCCGGCUCCAACUCCGGGGAAGGCAGAGACCACCAGGCACCGCCCAACGCAGCUCCCGGCACCGGCUGAGAGAAGUCGCAGGGACCCCCUUGAGGAGACUGUGGAGCAGAUGGUGUCCAUGAAACCAGCAGGCUUCCGUGCAGCCAUGGCCAGAGAUGGGCACCUGCGGGGCCUGGGCAAGGCUAAGGCAGCUCCUCCAGGCCCUGGCAGGCCACCCCAAUCUCAGGGUCCCAAGUCCACAGCAUCCCACCAGAGCAGUCUGACCAGCCUAGAGGGAAGCGGCGUGUCCGAGCGCCUUCCACGGAAGUCUCUGCGCCAAGCUGGUGGUCCGCACGUGGAGGAGCCCUGGAUGACAUCCCCCGAGACAGACAGUGGCUUUGUGGGCUCAGAAACCAGCAGAGCGUCACCCCUCACCCAGACCCCAGAGCACCGGCUCACCCACAUCAGCACCCCAGGGACAUUAGCCCAGCCCUUCACUGCCUCUGUGCCCCGAGAUGCAGCCUCCUAUCCCCAGACCAGGGGUCUUCCGGUUCCCAGAAGAGCCUCUGAACCCAGCACACCCAGGACCCGAGCCCAGAGGCACUCCUCCAGCCGAGAUAGUUCGCUCCGACAGAGGGCAACUAACUUCUGUCUGCAGCGGACACUGGCAGCUGAGAUGGCUGUCCCCGGCUUGGAGUUGGAGGGGCGAAAGCGGACUUCUGAACAGCUUCCUUCCAGCACAAGAGUCAGCCAACCCCCCACCCCGGCCCCUGCAGCUGCCGCUCUGCCCUACAGAUCGGCAGAGACCAUCGCCACCCUCCUCACCCGGACAGGGCGAGACCAGGCCAUCCGCGAGCUGCAAGAGGAGGUGUCCCGGCUCCGUCUGCGGCUGGAGGACAGCCUGCAGCAGCCACCCCAGGCCAGCCCGACACGGCCCGCAUCUGCCUUCAACCGCCCUGCCCGGCCCCGGGACCGGCCAGCAGAUUCCCCAGCCACCUGGGGCUCUCACUAUGGCAGUAAAUCCACAGAGAGGUUGUCCAGUGAACCAGGAGGUGCAGAGCAAGCUGUCCCCGUGGGGAGGCGGCGAGCCAGGUCCUCCUCCGUGCCUCGGGAGCUGCCCCGACUCUCCUUGAGUUCCGAUUCUGAGCCAACCUCCCCCCAGCUCUUCUCUGAGAAGGGCAGGACUACGAAGCACAGCCCACCAGCAGCUCAGGACAGAAUGAGAGGCUUGGGCAGUACCGGACGGCCAGACAGGGUCACCUUCCGGGGCCAGUACACAGGCCAGGAGUACCAUCUUCUCACCCCCAAGUUUGUCCCAAGAGGCAGUGGCACAGUCUCCUGUCCCCACUGCCAGCCUGUUAGGACCCAGGAUGCAGGUGGUGCUGUCACCAGGGACCCACUGGGAUCGUCUCCCACUGAUGCCCUGCGAUGCCCCCUGUGUGGUCAAGUUGGGUCCCCCGCAGAGGCGGAAGGCCCAGACUCAGCCACCUCUGGGGCAGAAAAGGCCACCACAAGGAGAAACGCACCUUCCGCUUCCAGCCCCAAGCAGAGGAGCAAGCGAGUGGGGUCGCCACCCCGGCCACCUCCUGGACUGUGGUAUCUGGCUGCUGUGCCUUCAGUACCAGCCUCUCCUGCUUUUGCCUACGUUUCCUCAGUGCCCGUCGUGCCUUACCCAUCAGCCACUGUGUUCUAUGCGUCUCCGAGAGGACCUACCUCAGCCCCCUCAGCCCAACCCAUUGCUGAGUGGCCCCCCACAGCCUCCUCCCGGCCAGCCAGAGGACACCGGCAUUCCAUCCAGCUGGACCUCGAGGACCUGGAGGAGCUCAACAAGGCCCUGAGCCGAGCCGUCCAGGCAGCCGAGAGUGUCCGCUCCACCACCAAGCACAUGAGCCGCUCACUGUCGGCCAACCGGCGCCAGGCCCACGGCCUGAGGGGCUCCUGCCUCUUCUGACGGCAUUUGCGGCUCAGAGACAGAUGGCAGGGCAGGUGGGCAGGUGUCCCCCAAGCCAGAGGUCUGCUGGAGCGAUUCCUGAAGGCCCCAUAGAUCCCUCACCAGGAACUCUCUCUCCAGCACAGGCCCUGCCUGCUCAGUCUCAGUGUUUUCAAAAUGGGAGGGUUCUGGUUAUCAAGAGACCAGGGACCAGCCCCUGAAGGCGGUUCUGGGACUGAGGCCGCCUUCUGUCCAGAUACUCUCUCUGGGAGUCUCCCAGUCCUGUGCUUGUCCACCUCCAGCUAAUAAUAUGUAUUUUAUAUACGGUGGACAGGUAGUGUUUAACAAUGAGGAGUUUUCCUGGGCUUGGAUCCUCCUUAGGAGGCCAGAUAACGGAUGGGGCCAGGGUCUCUGGCACAAACUUGUCCAUCUGCCUGUGACCAGCCACUUGGGAGUGGGCAUCUCUGGAAGGACAUGGCUGGGGACCUUUCUCUUUAGGCUGGUGGUAGGAUAGUUUGGGACCACGGGAAUAUCUUAGGUUGCGAACCCCAGGAUGACACGUGUCCUCCCUUUCCAUGGGCCUGCUGGGAUUGAGAUGCCCCAUGGAAGACCCAAGAAGCCGUCCACCACGGUCCCUCUCAGUACCUCAUCCUAAGACCCCCACUAUCUCCUGGUGACCCCUGUGGAAUUUGACUAGUGGCCAGCUACCUGCCAGGCCCUUUUGUGGCCCUGAGGCCAGGCUGUCUCCUGCUCCCCACCCCAUAGCAGCGUGUACCUCAGCUUUUUUGGAAUGUGUGUGAUCAGUGAUAUAUGUAUAUCUGAGGCAUUUAAAAAUUCUAUUUUCGUUAUGAAAGCAAAUGAAGAAGAAUUGGUCUUAAAAAGAAAAAAAAAAAC